AUGCCAUCUGCAACAGAAACUACUACUGGUAAGAAUCCAUCCAUUGGUCGGCCGACCAGCAUUUUACCUGAGGACCACAGACUGAACCCAGCUUCAACUGGACUCGGCAGUUCAGAGGCCAAAGCUUAUGCUUGGGAGAAAGGCCAAAUAGAAAAGAUUCGAAAACGGUACGAAAAGAUGCAGUCGGAGAUUAUAGCUUGGGAAAAUGAGAAGAAACUGACAGAGAAACAUGAAAUGGAGAGGAAAAAGGAAGAACUUGAGCAGAGAAAAUCAACAAACUUGAAACACUACUAUAACAAGAUAGCCAGGAUUGAUCAUAUAGCACGUGGCGCAAAGGCACAACUUGAGGAGAAACGAAAACACGAAGAGUUUAUUGUGAAGGAGAAAGCAAGGAAAAUCAGAUCAACUGGAAAAACUCCAUUCAACUGCUUCUGUUUCUAA